CGGCCGUCCUUUGUCGGCGAAGUUAUGUCGCGUCGGUAAUUUCGCGAUCGACCACGUUCGAGUGAUACUAGGAACAUCCAAUCCCAGUGGAUCUGUCGUUCCGAGCAGGAUCGGUGUGUUUGUGUUGAAUCAAGUUCGUGUCGACGUGACGAUUCAAAUUCCCCAUCGGUUCUUUUUCGCGAAUUUUCGAUUAACGCAAUAUAACAUGUAACAUAUAUAACUGUUCGAGUCGUUUUCUUAUCUGUUUCACGCGUUACGUCUGUGGGGACGAUACUCGCGUCUUUGAAAAUUUCAAAGUAUCAGUGUUUGUACGUCAAGAGUGAUUUUUUAGUGUGUGAUUCGUCACGGAUUUGGAGUAUAACAUGACGAAUAGUCUUUGUUUAGAAAAGUGAGUGGCAACUUGAAUCAAACACAAGGAACUCGAUGAAUUCUACAAGAAAGAAUUAACGAAAAUAUUCCGAAGAAAACCAACAGCUGAAUCAACCACGCCUCGAAUCGCAGUCAUCGAAUUAGCGAGACGAGGCGUAGGAUGGGCCCGACCGUGCGAGGAGUCGUGCUACACUGAAGAGGAGGAGCUCCCCCGAAGACGAGAGAGAAGGAGGAAGGAACGAAGGAUGCCUGCCUCGCAAACCGCCGCCACGGAGCGGCGAAAUGAGAGGAUGAUCACGCACGAACCACCAAAAUUAAAGACCACCUUGAAAACGCCUCCUAAACAAGCAACCAAUCCUCUUCAGUUUGUCAAAGUUGGCCCAUGUUCCUUGUAUCGCACAGCUCAGGAACAGUUGCAAAAGGUCCAAGAAGUGAAGAAGAUAAAACAAGAGGUCCGCGAUGAUCCUGAAGAUUGGCAAUCGAAUUUGGACAACUGGAAGAGCAGUCGGAGGAAGCGUCAGGAGCACAUCAUCGAACGGGUGGUCGAGGUGAAGAAACUCGAGCUAGAGGAACACGAUCGGCAACGUCGUCGAAGCAAGACUUUCUCCGAAAUGAUGGAGGAGAGGGGCAAUAGGGGUCGCAAACUAAGCAUCAGCUUGGCCAUGUACCACGAGGAAGACGCCAAUGACCUGAGCGACCUUGGUAUAGGAACCAGCAGUGGAAAGAGCUCGGUUAGCGGCGACACUCACGAUGACACACACAGCGUUCUGAGCGACCGAGACAGCGAAAUAGAGAAGAACCACUCGGACUUGGACAACGUGCCAAGCGAAAGCGUGAUCAGUAGCGACGUGACGUCAUCGUCGACGACGACGACGAUCAUGUCAACUUCGACAGCGAUCACGAAGAAACCAUUCGGGAACGGAUUCCACAGCAACCACAAUCACAACAACCAGGAGUACGACUCCGCGACGACAGCGACCACCAGCUCCCCGGAACCGGAGGAGUACACGUACGAGGGCGCGAUUCGUAGCUACGUGUCGAGAGUAUCGCAGAACAUACCGAGAAGAUCGUUGGUCAGCUUGGACGCGAAGCUCGACAGCGCCAAGUCAUCGACGAACGCGUCGAAAACGAGUUUGAACGACGACGGCAAGCCCACCGCGCCGUUAGUCAAAGUGGACAUCUUGAAGAGGCGGGAGAUCUUUGAGAAAGCGUCGCAGAAGAACAACGACAGCAAAACGAACAACAGGCUCUCCGGCGAUUUCACCGGGACGAAAUCGAUCAAGGAAAGGCUCUCGAACCUAGAGAAGCAGAAGCACGACGCAGACAACAGCGACAAGACCGGCAAAGCGCUGAACAGACUGUCGGGUGAUAUGAGCUCGAUCCGCGAACGAUUGUCUCACCUGGAGAAACAGGCUUCCGAGCGGGAGAGCAAGAGUUCUGCUCAUCGGAAACUGAGCACCGAGGAAUUGGAAACGGGCAGACCCAUCAGGCAGAGACUGUCCACCUUAGAAAAAUACAGCAGCAGCGACGAGUCAUCGGCACCAGCCACCACUCACGAGUCACGGCACAAUGGCGAGCUAUCCGCCAGGACAAUAAAGGAUCGCUUGAGUGCCCUGGACGCGGCCAGGAGCAACGAGUCCGCCGACAAGAGAUCCUUCGUUGGCAAGCAUUCCUUGUGCUUCCGGGAUCAAGAAAAUAGAAUCGAUACCUCGACUCCCAGCGAGAGGAGCUCGUCGCCCGAUUCGGAAUAUCGCGUGCCCAGGGCUGCCUUCCACAGAAGCCUGGAUUCUUUGGACGCGGACGCAUCCAGCGGUCCCGACACUUUCGAGCGCGUGCAAAGCCUAGAGGAGCUCGAUUAUGGCAGGCGUUACCCUGCGUCCUCCUCGUCCGCCGAGCUCCUCAACGACACCGAUCGCGAGGAUUCCGGUAUUCACACGGCUGACGUUAGUUGCUCCGUCAGCCAAGCGGACGAACCCGUGGACGAGGACAUAGUGCACGCCAGCACGAUCAUCGAAAGACAAGAGGUCAUCGAGGAGAAACCGCAAGAACCUCGCGACGUCGAGACAACGAAGGAACCAGCGGAACAGCAGACCACCGCGAACGACAUCUCGACGAUCUCUGGUAGCCAACAGGAAGCAGUAGUAGCAAACAAGGGUACUGCUGACACUUCUGGGAAACUGUCAACUAACAAAUCACAAUCGCAGGCACACAUAGAGGUUACUAACUCGAGUACACUCCGUUCCUGUCCUGUCACGUAUCGCCCGAUCGUUUAUCAAAGUCCUAAAGUACCUCCGCGACGAACUCCUCCGGAAACGCUUCCCAAACCAAAGGUACCUGUACCCAAAGAGCUUGUCCAAUCCAAAACAGACUUUCUAUCUGGUAAAGAAACGAAAGUAGGAUCGAUCUCCAAACUAUUCGCAGAGGAGCAUCCUGGCUGCGGUACCGACGAACAAAGCCUCUUGAAAGAGGACUCGAUCGAAACGACGAACCCGUCUUCGACGCUAUUAGACUCUACCUUCGUUGACGAUUGUCCUGCUGCGUCAGCUGCCAGGGCAGCAGUCGUUCCAACGACCCUUCAACUAGACUCUAACGCUACCUCAGCCUUUAACGGUUCUUCGAAAGAGACGACAAAGACCACACCAGUCACGUCUCCACGGUCAGCAUCGAAAAUUCCCACUCCGCUUCCUCGUAAGGCGAUAGGCACGAAAUCGUCCCCGACCAGUUCCACGUCUUCCCUUAGCUCACCUGUCUCGCCUUCCUCACCCAAGACGCCAGCCCUCAAGACGAGAACGUCGAUCGGCAAGAGUCCAACUAGUCAGACGUGUUGGCCGCAAUUCUCAAAGGCGUCAGAGAUACCGAUUCCCGUUACCUGCAGCGGUACGAUCCCAACCAAUAUUCCAUCAACCACUUGUAUACUCGCCUCCCCUUCCUCCGAUCUAGAGCAAUCGUCCUCCGCGAAGCAUGUUCCCUUCCUCGCGUCCAGCACGAAACAUCAGGUGACGGUGACUGAAGAGGCACUGGCCGCAGAAAGACGCCGGACGGUGGUGGAAAUAUGCGAAAAGGUGGUGGUACCUCAGGGCAAGACACCUACGACACCUCCAGUGACACCGUUCAUCACCGUGGAUCGCGUCAAUGACAAGCAGAGCUCAGCAACCGAGGAACCGAUCGUUAUCGAGAAAGCGGACGAAGAGGAGGCAGCGGCGAUUUGCCAGCCAAGCCCGCCAGUCGAACGCGAAGAGCACGAGGAAAAGGAAGCGCUGAUGAACGGGAAGAACGAGACUCUCGAGCCACAGCUGCGAAAGUCGAUCGAGGAGUCGAUCGACGUGCACGAUGCACCUGAGACCACAUCGUCCACCAACGUUCCUGUGCCUGAAAGACCGACGACCCUGACCUUCGCCAACCAAAAAAUCGCCGCGGUGGACAUAAUGAGCCUUCUCAGCCCGAUGUCGCCCAUCGCGAAACAGAUGUUGCCGCUCGACGAGGGAAUUAUCACUAGCCUGGCGUUCCCUCUAGGACUACCAACCAGCGUGGAACCUCCGAAGGAGAAACCACCACCACCACCAGUGGAUGUCAGCGACGAAGAGAGUCUUCCUAUAGAACCCUUGAAGAGAUUGAAUUCCACUCGAAGAAUAAAGAAGGAAUUACGCACGAGGCGCUCGGAUUUUCUGGGAAUCGAAGGGAUAAACGACGACGAUCUGGAACGCGAACUGACUCUGACGAAACCCCCAGACAUGGCGAUGAUACUUGCCGAAGAAAGACGCAUCGAGCAGCUCCAGCGUCGUUCGUACGACACCGACAGCAACUACGAGCAGGACUCCAGCCACGAAAGGGACUCUGGAGUCGAAUUGGGCCACGCUGAAGAUUGGACCAAGCAACCCGUCAGCCCAGACAUGUCCCAGCAUAGUCGUCAGAGCAGCGAGCCUUUCGGCGCAAGCGUCACCUCAUCCGAAGAGGACGAGAUCACAAAGAAAGAACGGGAGAUCAUCGAGGUCCUCGAGAAAGAGGAGCAGUGGCGGUACGGCAACAAUUGCGAGAUGAACAGUGACUUGGGGGAGAAAUUGGCGCACAAGCUGCGCGAACUCGAAGAGGAGAAGAUGCAGCUUGAACGGGAACGCGCCCAGGAAGCCGUCCUUCGAAGACAGGAAGAGACCCUGCGCAAAAAUGAGGACAACCUGUGCAAACAAGAGGAGGCGAUGCGCAAACAGCAAGAGGAGACAGCGCGACAACAAGAAGCAGUCGAAGCUGAGGCGAAACGCGCCGAGGAAAAGAGACAAGAAGAGGAACUGAGGGCGCAGGCGGAACAGUUGAGAAUUCAAAAUGAAAUCGAGGAGGAGAGAAGGGCAGCAGAUGCCCGUCGCAAGGAGGAGAAACGCAUCAGGACCAUGGAGAGUCAAAUUCGCGAGCAAGAGAACACAACAUUGGUUGGUGCUGGGUUGAACGAUCAAGAAGACGAGUUUGCUUCUGGGGAAGUUCUCAGAGUGGAGAGAGAAUUGCUUCAACUGGAGCAAGAAGAAUUGAAACGACAACGCAACAAUCUGGCGUAUCGCGAACAGAAGCAGCUGAAAUUGGCGGAGCAACUCCAAGAACAAUGGAAAUCCUUGCAAGACGUUGCGCACAGCUCCGCGAAUAAUGUCCAACAGUACAAGAAUCAACCGCCGGUGAAUUACAGAUCAUCGAUGCCAAACCUCCAGCUCCAAGAUGUGCAAAGAAGGAGACCACCACCGCCGCCCAUACCACCAGCGAAACCAUUGCGUUUGAUGGAACAGAGACAACGAGAUGUUACUAUCAGGAGCAGCAGGAUUCCAUCUGCGGAUUCGAUCCCGCAACAAGUGGACGCUUCUCUGAGACACAGUGCAUCGGUCACGACGCUCUCCAGUCACGGUGGCCAACAGAUGACCAGGCAGACAUUGCAGGCACUUAGCGCAGUUCCUCGACCACGAAUCGUUCAAAGCGACCAGUGGGUCCAACGAAGAAAGAGCGACGUGCCACGAGGCGCUCACGAUUUCAACUACCAACACUGGCUCGUCCAAGAAGCGGAACAGAGAAGGAUUAGCGAGAAAAAUCAGCGAUCACCGGCGCGGAAAUCUCAAAUGCACGUAACAGGAACGUCCGUUCCUUACGCCAUGGCCCCAACUAGGACGGACAGUAAACCAUUGCCAGAUUCCAUUAUACAAACUCUUACGCAGAGAGUGCAGAACAGGGCGCAGGAGAAGCCCCUACCAACUCGAAGAAGACUGGAGCACAGUACCAGUCACGAGCAUCUGUCCGUGUUGCAACACCAAUCACCGCAGCACAUUUUACAACAACAAAAACCACAACAACCACCGCCGAUGAAUCCUGAGAAUCAAGAGAAGAUGCUAAGCGUCAGCGGGAAGAAAAAGUGCUCGCAUUGUGGAGAUGAACUGGGUCGAGGUGCCGCGAUGAUCAUCGAAAGUCUGCGAUUGUUCUACCAUAUGGAAUGCUUCAAAUGCUGCGUGUGUCACGUGCGACUCGGCGACGGACUAAUGGGAACAGAUGUACGCGUUCGGAAUCACAAGCUCCACUGCCAUAACUGCUACUCCAGUGACGACGGUGUCAAGUUCAGUUGCGUGUGAAACCACGGACCACAUCGGACCAUAAUUGGACCACAUUGACUAACUUUAAUAUAGCAUCAUCCGGCUAUAUUUUAUAAGUUAUAGUUGACCAUUUACAAUAGCUACCGGUCACCGGUUACCGGUUAGCUAUCGUGACACCAACGAGAUGUUUCUUCUUUCUGUACAUAAACACUGACGGACGGAAUUCCUCUUCAAAGGAAUAGACACGCGGUCACCGUUUACGUAGGUAUUCGUUCCGUGCACUUUAACCCAAAAGUGGAGUGUCGAGAUUUCGAACAACGACGCCGAUUUCAUUUCAACGACUAAGAUGUCGUAGAACGUACAGAAGGGUAUGUAAAUAAACGUGUAUUUAUGUAAUUAGCGUAAAGAUAGAGAGCCCAACGAUACGACAAAUCACUAGGCAUCUGUUGUCGGCCAUUAUCGAGGAAAAAAUAUGUGUCGUGGGAGGAUUUAGCGUAAUAUCGGCAAGAGUUGAGUGUAUAUUUUUGUAUUAUAGUUAUCCCCGUGGUAUUUAUGAGAAAUCCCCGAUGCGUGACGGCUAUAAUAAUAGAAACCCUUCCCCAUCUCCAAGUCCCUGCCACCACUGUCUUCUCUUCUCGGGGCUCUUUUUUUUCUAAAUGCUUUGGCAAAACAGUAGACUCGUUCGAAUGAGAUCGAACGAUCGUCUCUCCGUCUACGGAGAUCGUUUAGAUUCUAGAUGACUAUUGCGUAACACAGUAAUUAAUUAAUUGUACAACCGAGAUGCGAUUUCAAGCGUGAGUUUCUUUAUUUUGUUUUCGAAAGCUCGAUGCAUCGCGAUGCGACAAUGCCUGCGAGUUCCCUUGCGAUCAAUGAUACUCGUCGUCGCGUCGUUGACGUAUACUUACUAUUGUGAAAUAUUGUAUGAUAUGGUCUCGUGUUAUUGCAACAUGUAAUUUUAUAUUAUCGAGAAUAAAUGUUUAUUAGAGCGAC